ACUUGUCACAUGAUGCCAGUUUUACGAUCAUCGACCGACUGGACUCUGGCUGCAACAUUUUAAGCCUUGCAAAAGAUUUAAGAUUGUUUCCUCUUUUCAUCACAAAAUUAGAAAAACAAUACGAUGGCAAAUGAAGCCAAGCCAUGCCCCUGUGACAUUGGUGAUCGGAUGGAGCAUGAAGGGCUCGGCCAGGAGGUCCAGAUAGAGCAUAUCAAAGCUUAUGUGGUGAAACCAUAUGCUGCAUCUGACAAGGCCAUCAUUGUCAUCCAGGACAUCUUCGGGUGGCAGCUUCCCAACACAAUAUACAUGGCUGAUAUGCUGGCUACCAAUGGAUACAUUGCUGUUUGUCCAGACUUCUAUGUUGGAAAGGAGCCGUGGACUCCAUCAAAUGACUGGUCCCUAUUUCAGGAGUGGAUGAAAGACAGAAAUCCAAUGAACAUAAACAAAGAGGUGGAUGCAGUGCUGAGGUACAUGAAGGAGCAGUGUGGGGCCAAACACAUUGGAGUAGUGGGCUUCUGCUGGGGAGGGAUCGCCACACAUUACAUCGCCCUGCAAUAUCCAGAGAUCAAAGCAGGAGUCUCAGUCUAUGGGAUCAUCCGUGACAGAGAGGACGUGUAUGAGCUGAAGGCUCCUACGCUGUUCAUCUUUGGGGAGAUAGACGAGAUUAUCCCACUGGACCAGGUGACAGUCCUUGAAGCAAAGCUGAAGGAGAAGUGCAAGGUGGAUUACCAGGUGAAGAUCUUUCCUGGUCAGACUCAUGGGUUUGUCCACCGCAAGAGAGAGGCUAUCAACCCCACUGACCAACCCAGCAUCCAGGAGGCCAGGACAGAUAUGCUCAAUUGGCUCAACAAGUACAUGUAAACAAGAAGUGAAUCAGUAACCCGGACCAAUUUUCAUACAAACAGGAUGAAACUGUCAAAUGUAACAUGUAGAGGUGCCGUUUACAGCGAGUUGAGGGCAGUGAUUGUUAAUCAUAACUUUUGUUUGGUCACAAUCGUUGAUCCCCAAAUGUUUUAUUUUGGAGGUCUGGAUGUUCAUGUAUGGACCUGUGAAUAUCGAGGAUCUGUGAAAUGUGGAUUUUAAUUGUGAAGCCAAAACUAUUAAGCCCUUUUGCCUUGUGUAAAAAAAAUGCGGAUGCAGUAUGUUGUCUUGUUGAAAAAUUAAAAUACACUUUUUAUGCAUCA